GGCCUCUCCGCUGCGGCGGCGGCUCGGGGCGGCGGCGAGAGCGGCCAUGGAGGCGGGCGCCGGGGCCGGCGCGGGAGCCGCGGGCUGGAGCUGUCCGGGCGCAGGACCCACGGUGACCACUCUGGGCUCCUAUGAGGUGUCCGAGGGUUGUGAGAGGAAGAUAGGGCAGCGAUGGGGGUCUCUGGAGCGGCGAGGGAUGCAGGCUAUGGAGGGAGAGGUGUUACUCCCAGCUCUCUAUGAGGAGGAAGAGGAGGAGGAGGAGGAGGAGGAGGGGGAGGAAGAAGAAGACCAAGUGCAGAAAGGGGGCAGUAUGGGCUCCCUGUCAGCGGGCAAGCACCGGGGCCUGAGCCUCACGGAGACGGAGCUGGAGGAGCUGAGGGCUCAGGUGCUACAGCUGGUGGCGGAGCUGGAGGAGACCCGGGAGCUGGCGGGGCAGCAUGAGGACGACUCCCUGGAGCUGCAGGGGCUCCUGGAGGACGAGCGGCUGGCCAGCGCCCAGCAGGCAGAGGUGUUCACCAAGCAGAUCCAGCAGCUCCAAGGUGAACUGAGGUCUCUGCGGGAGGAGAUAUCCCUGUUGGAGCGUGAAAAAGAAAGUGAACUUAAGGAAAUAGAACAGGAGUUGCAUUUGGCCCAUACUGAGAUCCGGAACCUGCGGCAAGCAGCAGAGGAUUCGGCGACUGAGCAUGAGAGUGACAUAGCAUCGCUGCAGGAGGAUCUCUGUCGGAUGCAGAAUGAACUCUAUGACAUGGAGCGCAUUCGGGGAGAGUAUGAGAUGGAGAUCACCUCCCUGCGGGCGGAAAUGGAAAUGAAGAACUCUGACCCAUCCAGUAGCUUAAGUGCCUCAGAUUUCUCUGAGAUGCAAGAAGAAUUGCAGCAACUACGGGAACGCUACCGCUUCCUGAAUGAGGAGUACCGGGCCCUGCAGGAGAGUAACAGCAGCCUCACGGGGCAGCUUGCAGAUCUGGAGAGUGAGAGGACACGAAGAGCAACAGAAAGGUGGCUGGAGUCCCAAACACUGAGGAGGAUGAUAUCGGCAGAGUCUCAGACGUCAGAAAUGGAAUUUCUGGAGCCUGAUUCUGAAACCCUCUUGUUGCGACAGCAGCUGCUGGGAGCCGAGGAGCAGAUGCAGGACAUGCAGAACAAGUGCAAGGAAUUAUGUUGUGAGUUGCAAGAGCUACAACAUCAUCGCCGGACCAGUGAGGAGGAGCAGAGGCGGCUGCAGAGAGAGCUCAAGUGUGCACAGAAUGAGGUGCUUCGUUUCCAGACCUCCCACAGUGCGGCCCAGAACGAGGAACUCAAGACCAGACUCUGUGCCCUGCAGCAAAAGUAUGACGCUAGCCAGGAUGAGCAGAAUGAGCUCUUGAAGGCACAGCUAGAGCUUCAGGCUGAGCUUCGACAGCUCAAAGUCACGAGGUACUCAGCUGGAGAAAGCCCAAGCGAGAAGGAGUUGCAGUGCCGGCUACAGAAGCUGCAGCUACAGUACCAGAACAUCACGUGUGAGAAGGACCAGCUGAUGGAAGUGCAUCAGCAGCUGCAGGGUAACCUGCGGUGCCAUGAGGCAGAGGUGCAGCGCCUCAGGAACGUGGUGGCCUGCUACCAAGAGAAAACUGAUAAGAGCACAGAGAUGCACGCCCAGCUCCAGGAGAUGAGGCAGCUGUACCAGUGCAGCCAAGAGCAGCUGGAGUGGCAGAAGCACAUGUACGAUCAGCUCGAGCAGGACUACCUCCUCUGCCAGCAUGAACUCAAUGAGCUCAAGAGCAGCCAGUCCAUCCCAGAGGACAAGGAGAAGUGUGCUGGUCAGUGUGACGCACUGCUGACCAAACUGACAGAGCUGCAGGACAGGUACAAGGCCAGCCAGAAGGAGAUGGGGCAGUUGCAGAUGGAGCAGUGCGAGCUCCUGGAGAACCAGAGGAGGAUGCAGGAGGAGCAGGGCCAGCUGCAAGAAGAACUACACAGGCUCACGUUCCCCAUACCCAAAUCUGGGCUCUGCCUUAAGAGUCAGGAGCUACUUGCAAAGUUACACGAGCUGGUCGAACUACAGCUGCUCUACCAAGGCAUGCAGGAGAAACAGAAGAGACUGAUCCAGAAUCAAGAAAAUCUAGUACAAGAACAGUUCGCGCUGCAGGAACAGCUGCACGAUUUCAAAGACUCUCAUUUCCGGGAAGUGCAGGAAAACACCGAGGAUCCCAAACAGUCCAAGUCCUCAAACUAUGCUCAAAACAAGUCCAAGGUGAUCAUGGAGCAGAUACAGGCUCUGCAGGAGCUAUACGAGUCCAGCCAGAGGGAGCAGGAGCUGCUGCAGCAGGAGCAGGGGCGGCUCCUGGAGGAGCGCAAGAGGCUGCAGGCUGAUCUGCAGCUCUGCCUGGAGGAAAUGCAGCUGCUCCAAGUCCAGUCCCCUUCUAUAAAAAUGACCCUCGACUCCUACAAGAAGAGCAGUGGUGCUGAGGCGGCCGCCAGCGCAGCCCCCAGCUGCGACAGCUAUCAGCGCAGCUACGAAAGCAGCAUCGACGCCAAGGAGAGCUACCUCCGGAGCUACUCCAGCAGCCAGGCCAGUGAGGAGAGCUUCCUCAAGAGCUAUGGCAGCAGCUCCAGCGCCAGCGAGUCCUGUGAGGAUUCCCGCGCCAGCAGCGGCAGCAACGUCAGCUAUAAGAAGAGCUACGGCAGCAGCAGCACCAGUGCCGACACCUGUCACAAGAGCUACGUGAGCAGCAGCACGGAGGAGGUGGAGCCCGCCGAGCCCAAAGAUGUGGAGAACUUUGAGGACAUGGUUGCCAAGGUGUUGAGCAAGCUGCAGACAGUGCAGGCCAUGUACCAGCUCAGCCAGGAGGACCACAGCCAGCUGCAGGAGCGCAUGGCCACACUGCUGGAGCAGCAGAAGGACCUGAAGGAGGAGCUGGACGCCUGCGAGAGGGAGUUCAGGGAGUGCAUGGAGUGCAUGGAGGGCGCUGAGAAGCCUGCGGCCUCCCAGAGUGACAAGAACGAGAUUAAAGAACUGCAGGCCAAGCUCCGGGAGCUGCAGCUGCAGUACCAGGCGAGCAUGGACGAGCAGGGCCGGCUGUUGGCGGUGCAGGAGCAGCUGGAGGGGCAGCUGCAGUGCUGCCAGGAAGAGCUCCGCCAGCUCAAGGAGAGAAGGUCGUCCUCUGUUACCAGUGGGAGGAAUGGCAGCAAGAACAUGAACAAGAAUGCCAACGGGGCUAAAGAUAAAAUCGAGACCAAGUCCGCCCCAGAAAGUUCUGAGGCCAGCUGUGAGACCGGGAAGAGUCUGGAGGUGGUGCUGUACUACAAGGCCUCCCAAACGGAUUUAGAUAGUCUGACAAGAGAGGACCAGGCAGAGGGCGUGGAGGAGGCAGAGGAGGAAAACAAGGAAAUUGAAGAGGAAGCGGAGGAAUCCCCGGAUGAACUCGUUUCUGAGACACCAGCUCCUGCAGGAGCUAAGGGCACGGAAGAUCAGGAGGAAGCGUUCGAAGAUCCCCAGGAGCGUGAGCAAGAAAGGAAGGAGGAUGACAACAAAGACGAGGCUGGCGACGACAACGAUGAGGGAGACCUCAAGGGAGACAAGGAUGAUGGCCAGGGAGAUGAGGAUGACCAGGGAGACAAGGAUGGUGACCAGGGAGACAAGGGUGACGACCCUUGCCCUGAAACUUCUGAGGAAAACAACGCCCUCAAGGUUUCUGAGAGUAAAAAGAACAUGUUUGGGAUGUGGAAGCCUGUGGUGUUCUUGGCUAUUGCAGCUGUGGCUCUGUAUGUGUUACCCAACAUGCGACCGCAGGAGACAGAUUUCUGCCUCAUGGAGUGAUGGCAGACCCGGCCAUUCGAGGGGGUGCAUCCCCAGUGGCCACUACCCUCAGCUUUGGGCAGGACACACUGUGCCAGAGCACCUGCCCCACCUGUAUGUUCCUUGUGUCCCCAGCCCCCUGGCCUCAGUCACCCAGGCUGGAAAGGCUCAUGGGGAGCUGCAGGCUCCCAUCUCCUGCCUUGUAUGAGAAACUGGGUUCCUUGUAAUUAAAUAUCAACUG